AACUAGAGCAAACGUAUAAAAUAUUUGUUAAAAUCCUGUUCACACCAAUUUUACCUAGAUUCAUCGAUAAAAUUUGAACUCGAUAACCCUACAAACAAAUUUUAUUAGUGCUAACUGUUAAAAAGUAGUUUUAACUGAUUUAUUUGGAAUAACUGGUUUGGAUAUGACAAAUAAGAUAUCUAAUUAUACAUUGUAACCUAAUGACCUCUGUACGUCAACAGUAGGUGAUGAGGCAAAUCAUUCGAUUGAAUGUUCUCAGUACAAUUCUGAAUUCCAAAAUGAGAAGUCACACAUACAAUGAAUCUUUGGGCACAGCCAGGAUCAUGGCAAGAAUCCUGGACGGAAAAGCACUGGCCAAAGAAAUAAAGGAUGAAGUAAAGAUAGAAAUCAACAAUUGGAUCAGGAAUGGCAACCCUGCACCAACUCUACGCUGCAUUAUAGUGGGAGAAGACCCUGCCAGUCAUACUUAUGUUAGAAACAAAAUACAGGCAGCACGUGAAGUUGGCAUUGAAGCGGAAACAAUAAGAUAUGAUGCUAAUUUAACGGAAGAGGCAUUGAUGUCUAUAAUAGAUUCAUUGAAUAAGGAUAAAAAUAUUAACGGGAUAUUAGUGCAGCUGCCUUUACCAAACUCUAUUGAUGAGAGGAGAGUGUGUAAUGCUUUGGCUCCGGAGAAGGAUGUCGAUGGUUUUCAUAUAACAAAUGUUGGUCAGUUGUGUCUGGACAUGCCCACCAUUGUACCAGCCACUGCCCUCGCUGUGGUUGAAAUGCUGAGAAGAUUCAAAAUUGAUACAUUCGGUCGCAACACGGUGGUUAUAGGACGAUCUAAGAACGUUGGCAUGCCAAUAGCCAUGAUGCUACAUUCUGACGGCCGCCAUGACAGUGGUCUCGGUAUGGACUCAACUGUCACUAUCUGUCACAGACACACGCCUGCUGAUCAAUUGGAGUUUUAUUGUCGACACGCUGAUAUUAUUGUUAGCGCAACCGGUCUACCAAAGCUUAUUAAGGCUGAUAUGGUGAAGCCAGGAGCCACGAUCAUAGACGUCGGCAUCACCAGAGUAACUGAUGAAAGCGGAAAGACAAAACUUGUUGGCGAUGUUGAUUAUGACGAGGUAGUUAAAGUGGCCGGUGCUAUAACCCCCGUCCCUGGUGGAGUGGGUCCCAUGACAGUCGCCAUGUUAAUGAAGAACACUCUUCAAGCUGCGCAGCAUAACUCAUUUAAAUGAUAGCUCUGAAUUAUUACUUUUUUAACAGAAAAAAAUACGCUAUUGUACGUAUAAUGCCAAUGUCUAAGUUAUUUAAACUAUAUAGAACUUUUUGAAUCCUCAACUUACUUAAAAGACCACGGUGCCUUAUAAAAUAUUUAAUGAAUAUAAGUGAUUAGAUAUAAGGACUGACAUAGUAUUAUAAAUGUGUAAGGAUUGAUAUAUUGUUAUAAUUUUAACGGUUUUAAGUAACAUUCCAUUGGAAUAUGCAUUUUACGUUUGAAACAUUGUUCAUUGUUUUGUAAUGUAUUAUUACUAUAUAUUAAAUAAAUAUGAGAUGUUUAAA